UUGCCCAAUUCGAGCGCCCGCCGAAUCCUACACCUCAUGAAGACGCUGUGUGGCCGCAUGUCGGGCACUCUCUGGUUCCGUCGUGGUGCUGCUGCGACAUGGCUUCAAUCAUACUGCUACAUUCAAGAGGACACGGGAAGUCUGUUAUGCGAGGCCGAUGUUAGCUCCCCACAAAAUCGUACACUCAUUCCCGAUCUUCGCGGCUGUCAGGUACGCACUGCUAUGGACGAUGACACUCAGAUGCCUUACCUUGACAUCUCGGUGCCAAACUCGACUCUGCAAUUGCAUGUCCGUCUGAAAGAUCGCAAAGACUUUGACUCAUGGUUCGCCGCCUUACUCUGCUGGCAGCCAAUUCGCCCCAGAGGCCUCAGUAACAGGAUGGCAAAACCUCAGAGUCCUGUCGUGCAAGGCAUCACCUUGACCGAUAGCAGACGCAACUCUGAAAUGUCUCUGACACUAAAAGAAGCUCCCAUCAUUAAAGUCGGUCCCAUGGUCUACUGGGAUAGCAACAUAUCAUAUACAAACGCCGGCACACCGAGAUCGCUCAAGCCUUCGCCUUCGCGCUUCCAAAGCUAUGGCUCACAUUGGUGGAGGCGUGUGUCCUGCACCCUCCGAGAGAAUGGAGAGCUCAAACUCUACGCCGAUGGUGGCUCGACACUGCUUUCUGUGGUACAACUUUCUCAGCUCUCUCGGAGCGCUGUUCAAAGAUUGGAUCCUUCUGUCUUGGAUAACGAUUUUUGCAUAGCCAUCUAUCCCCAAUACACAUCCGGCGCUACUGUCACGACGGCCAUCCGACCUAUAUAUCUAUCCAUGGAGACCCGUGUUCUCUAUGAAGUCUGGUUCGUUCUGUUGAGAGCCUUCACCGUACCUCAGCUCUACGGACCCAAACCUAACGGCCACCCCGACGAAUCUGCUAUUAUUUCCGAUACCCCUUCAUCAUCUGCCUUCGAUAAUCUGAUGGCCACUGAAAAGAUUGAAAUGUUCCGCAUGGAGCGCGCUCUAUCUGUUCGCAUAAUUGAAGCCAAACUACCCCAUGCUCCUCUGAGUUCAUUAGCAGAAUUCAACCACCACCAUUCAAAUCGCCACAACAAUAAUAACAACAAUGCUGCAAGCAAGCCAGAGCUCUCGGACGGUUACUAUGUUGAGAUACACCUGGACGGUGAAACCCGAGGCAAGACACAAAUCAAACAUGAGUCAAUGGCCCCUUUCUGGCGCGAGGAAUUUGACUACUUGGACUUGCCCGCCGUCCUUACCUCUGCUUCCGUCUUGUUGAAGCGUCGCCCACCGGAUCUUUCAAGCCCUCGCGAACAACACGAACUUCGACUUGUGCAUGAAGCUUAUGGUCUGCUGGACCCUUCGCAGAAAACUGGAGGCUCUGCCGGAUUCAUGCCGGUACAAAACGAUCAAACACUCGGCAAGAUUGAAAUAUACCUCGAAGAACUGGAAGCGAGCAAAGAGGUCGAAAAGUGGUGGCCAGUCAUGAACCAGCAUGAUGAGAAUGUUGGCGAGAUUUUGAUCAAGGCUCGCGCGGAAGAAAAUGUUAUUCUUAUGGCAAAGGACUACAAGCCUUUGAAUGAUUUGCUACAUAACUUCUCGAACGAGCUUACCCUGCAGGUCGCGCAGAUGAUCCCGACAGAGCUGAGACGGCUAUCCGAUCUGCUGCUGAACAUCUUCCAGGUAUCUGGCCAGGUUACCGAGUGGAUCAUGGCUCUGGUCGAAGAGGAGAUCGACGGUGUACACAAGGAGACACCCGUGUCUCGUAUGAGGUUCACCCGUCGCAUGGCGAACAACAACAAUGAGGCGGACGCAAAUGUCACUGCUGCGAGCGAAAGAGAGCUGUUCGUCCGCGACAUGAACAAGAACGCCACACUGGAAGCAAACUUGCUCUUCCGUGGGAACACCCUGCUCACCAAGUCUCUGGACUCGCACAUGCGUAGGGUCGGCAAAGAAUACCUCCUUGAAUGCCUUGGUCCCAUCAUCAGAGACAUUAAUGAGAAGGACCCAGAUUGUGAAGUUGAUCCCAACCGAGUGACCAACCAACACGACCUGAAGAAGAACUGGGACAGGCUGAUAAACUGCACCAAAUCGGUCUGGAACACGAUCAAAGUCAGCGCCAGGAAUGCACCUUCGGAGUUGAGAGUUAUCUUCAGACACAUCAGGGCCUGCGCCGAAGACAGAUAUGGCGACUAUCUGAGAAGUGUUAGCUACAGCAGUGUUUCUGGUUUCCUGUUCCUGCGCUUCUUCUGCCCAGCUGUUUUGAACCCGAAGCUGUUUGGUCUGUUGAAGGACGAUCCAAAACCUCGCGCCCGAAGAACAUUUACUCUGAUCGCAAAGUCGCUCCAAGGUCUUGCUAACAUGGCCUCGUUCGGAAGCAAAGAACAUUGGAUGGAACCCAUGAACGUCUUCUUAACAGAUCACCGGGAAGCAUUCAAGACCUUCAUCAACGACAUUUGUUCAAUCUCUGCUCCCGAUGGCAUGAUUGGCCACAAGCCUACUUCAUAUUCAACUCCUCUUGCUAUCCAAUCUCGACUUCCGAUGACAAGCCGCGAAGGGUUCCCCAGUCUGCCAUAUCUCAUUGACCAAAGUCGUGAGAUCGCAAGCUUGGUCGAACUCUGGCUACAUGGCACCACAAACGGAAGUGAAGCAGAGUUGCUAGCAGCACAGAUUGGCAAAGAAGAUGGCGAUCUCCUGACGUUCCACAGAAUGUGCAGAACUCUCGAUGCUCAGACCAAGGAGUGUCUAUCUCGUGCCGAGCGCGCCGAGCGUCCUAAUUCUGCGCUCAGCUUCCGCUGGGAGGAGCUCAUCGAUCAACUGCAAAAUACAUCACUG